AGGAGGAGGAGGCCAAGCGCUGAAGGCUGACGGUGACGGACGGGCUCCGCAAAGCGAGAAGUAGGAGCUGCGUGAGAGAUGGUUAAAGCCUCGAACCUCUAACGCAGCCGGCACAAGAUCCCCGCGGCUGGACUACCCCUUGGGACCCCGAUCCGAGGGCGUCAUUCUAGUCCUUCUGCUCAGGAAUGAAUCUGAGGACAGGCAGCAUCUUGGUGAUCCAGAUGACUUGGUUUGAGGACCUGUGGGAUGUGCUGAUAAGAAAGACCGGAGGCGAGCUUCAAAGGUAUUUUGCCCCGGGAUUUUGCUCCUGGAGUUACAGACCCCAAAGAAGCUGAGAGUCUUACUGCGGCACAUCUAAAAGGCCAGGGAGAGGAAGCAUGAGGAAGAUUGGUCAAUGUCGUAACUCUAAAAAUACAUCCCAUGGAGCCGUGACAUUCAAGGAUGUGGCCAUCGACUUCUCCCAGGAGGAAUGGGUGUGCCUGGAUUCUGCUCAGAGAGCCUUAUACAGGGAUGUGAUGCUGGAGAACUAUAACAACUUGGUCUCACUGGAUUUGGAGUCAAAUUAUGGAACUGAGAAGUUACUGGCAGAAAAUGAUGUUUAUGAAACAAACUUUUCUGAACAGGAUAUGCUGCAAAUAAGUAAAACUCUUGGGCUCAAGGCCUCCAGUUUUAGAAAUGACUCAAAGUGUAGAAAUAGAUUUGAGGGACUACAGGGACACCAAGAGGUAUAUAUAAGUCAAAAGAUAAUCAGCUAUGGAAAAAUACUUACUAAUCAUACUUCUCUUAUUCAAAAUACAGGCAAACCAUAUGAAUGUAAGGAGUGUGGAAAGUACUUUAGUAGUUGCUCAAAUCUUACUCAGCAUCAGAGUAUUCAUACUGGAGAGAAACCUUGCGAAUGCAAGGAAUGUGGGAAGGCAUUUAGACUUCUACAACUUACUAGACAUCAGAAAUUUCAUACUAGUAAGAAACCCUUUAAAUGUAAGGUAUGUGGGAAGGCGUUUAGUCUUCCCAUGCACCUUAAUCGCCAUAAAAACAUUCAUAGAGCUGGGAAACCAUUUGAGUGUAAGGAAUGUGGGAAGGCCUUCAAUCAUAGCUCAAACCUCAUUCAGCAUCAGAGUAUUCAUACCCGUGUAAAACCAUAUGAAUGUAAGGAGUGUGGGAAAGGCUUUAAUCGUGUUUCAACUCUUGUUUGGCAUAAAAAAAUUCAUUGUAGUGCGAAACGUUUUGUAUGUAAGGAAUGUGGGAAGGUCUUCAGAUAUCAUUGCCACCUUAUAGAACAUUUCCGAAUUCAUACUGGUGAGAAACCCUUUGAAUGUAAAGAAUGUGGGAAGGCCUUUAGUCUUCUGACACAGCUUACUCGACAUCAGAACAUUCAUACUGGUGAGGAACAAUUUAAAUGUAAAGAAUGUGGGAAGACCUUCAGUCGUGGCUGGAAUCUUGUUCAGCAUCAGAGUAUUCAUACUGGUGAGAAACCCUAUGAAUGUAAAGAAUGUGGGAAGGCCUUUAGGCUUCACUUGCAAGUUUCUCAGCAUCAGAAAGCUCAUACUGGUAAAAAACCCUUUGAAUGUAAGGAAUGUGGGACAGCCUUCAAAUAUCAGUACCGACUUACUGAACAUCAACGAAUUCAUACAGGUGUGAAGCCAUAUGAAUGUGAGGAAUGUGGGAAAUGCUUUCGUUGUGGUUCAAGUCUUACUCAACAUCUGAGUAUUCAUACUGGAAAGAAACCCUUUGAAUGUAAGGAAUGUGGGAAGGCGUUUAGAUUUUCUAUACAACUUCACCGACAUCAAAAACUUAAUACUGGUGAGAAGCCCUUUGAAUGUAAGGAAUGUGGAAAAGCCUUUAGUUUUCUCACCCAGCUUAAUCGCCAUAAGAAAAUUCAUACAGGUGAGAAACCAUUUGAAUGUAAAGAAUGUGGAAAGUCCUUUAAUAGUGUCUCAAACCUUGUUCAACAUCGGAGUAUUCAUGCUGGUGUGAAACCACAUGAAUGUAACGAAUGUGGGAAACGCUUUAAUUGUGUUUCAAACCUUAUUCAGCAUCAGAAAAUUCAUUCUAGUGAGAAACCUUUUGUAUGUAAGGAGAGUGGGAAGGCCUUUAGAUAUCAUUACCAACUUAAUGAACAUCAUAGAAUGCAUGCUGGUGAGAAACCCUUUGAAUGUAAAGAAUGUGGGAAGGCCUUUAGUCUUCUGACACAGCUUACUCGACAUCAGAACAUUCAUACUGGUGAGAAACAACUCAAAUGUAAGGAAUGUGGGAAGACCUUCAGUUGUGGCUCAAAUCUUGCUCAGCAUCAGAGUAUUCAUACUGGUGAGAAACCCUAUGAAUGUAAAGAAUGUGGGAAGGCCUUUAGGCUUCACUUGCAAGUUUCUCAGCAUCAGAAAGCUCAUACUGGUAAAAAACCCUUUGAAUGUAAGGAAUGUGGGACAGUCUUCAAAUAUCAGUACCAACUUACUAAACAUCAACGAAUUCAUACAGGUAUGAAAUCUUAUGACUGUAAGGAGUGUAGUAGAAAGGGCUUUAGUUGCAGUACAGACCUUAGAGUACAUCAGAGAAUUCACACUGGUGAGAAGCCCUUUGAAUGUAAGGAGUGUGGGAAGGCUUUUCGACGACAUUACCAAUUUCUUGCACAUUACAGAAUUCAUACUCGUGAGAACCCCUGUGCAUGUAAGGAAUGUGGGAAGACCUUUUGUUGUAGCUCAAACCUCAUUCAACAUGUUAAAAUUCAUACUUGUGAGGAACCCUAUAAAUGUAAGGAUUGUGGAAAGGUCUUUAGCAAGAAUUAUGGACUUACUGUACAUCAGAGAAUUCAUACUGGUGAGAAACCUUACAAAUGUAAGGAAUGUGGGAAAACCUUUAGGUUUGGUUCAGUCUUUACCGUACAUAAGAGAAUUCAUACAGGUGUGAAACCCUAUGAAUGUAAAGACUGUGGAAAGACCUUUAAUUGUAGCUCAAACCUUGCUAAACAUAAGAGAAUUCAUACUGGUGAGAAACCUUAUGAAUGUAAGGAAUGUGGGAAGGCCUUUAGACUUAAGUCAAUCCUUUCUGCACAUCAGAGAAUUCAUAUUGGUGCGAAACGCUGUGAAUGUAAGGAAUGUAGGAAGGCUUUUUAAAAAAACGACUCAGUUUUUAUUGCCCAUCAAAGAAUUCAUUCAGUUAUGAAACCCUAUUAAUGUGAAGAAUGUGGGAAAGCCUUUACUGUGAGUAGUCAGCUUACUCGACAUUAAAACAUUCAUAAUCGUCAGAAGUCCUACAAAUAAAAGUAAUGUGGGCAAACCUUCAGUGAAUAUGAACAGUUUACUCAACAUCAGUUCAUACUGGUGGAAAUGCCUAUGCAUUUAAAAUAAUAUGGGUGGAACUUUCAUUGUGGUCUCUGCUCAA